AUGCAUUCAUAUUAACAGCAAGAACUUAUAGAAUUACUUUAGAGUCACUCAAAUAGAGCCAUCGAUCGCCAAUUGAUAAGUUAAUUAUAUAAUAAAUGUAUGCAAGAUGUAAAUAUCUAAAUUAUUGUUAAAGCAUAAGCAGUGCACUCUUCAGUAAUUUGAGAAGGUUUACAGGGAUGCAAUCUAGUUGCUGAGUCAAAAAAUAGCCAACUCAAAGUAAUAACUAAUAGAGGAACAGGAUAAUUUAACGGCUAUAGAUGAGAGAUUGAAAAAUAAUCAAGUGAUUAGCAGCAGUAAUCAUAGAACUCCCAUGAGAUUGAUGUUACAUUCAGCCUCAGUGUUGAAUUUGCAGGUACAUAAUAAGUUUAUGGUUGGAUAAUAUGCAUUUUAUAUGAAGAUUGAAGAUUACUACGAAUUUGAAAGUGAUUUUAAGCCUAGUUAUAAUUUACAGUUCUAGCUAAAUCAAACAAUUGAUAUUUUGGAUGUUGGUGAUAGUAUUCUACUGUCUUUGAAUACAAACACUCAAAAUCAGAUGAACACUACAAUCGUGAUACCAACAUACUCCUUACAAUUUAAUAAGAAUGUGACUGAACUGCUGGCAUAGAAAGAGAAUGGGGAGUUGUUGGAAAUGGAAAUUACUUAUGAAAUCAAAGUUUUAGAUCAGAAAUUAUUGAAUCUCCAACUAAAUUAAGCUCGUAGUCUUGUAGUAUCAUAUAUCAAGAAAUUUGAAGAUGAAUUAGAGGAUUAUUCAUUACAAUUACAGGAUUUACGAUAGAUCAAGAUACCUUACAAUAAUGAGAUUGCAAAUGAAUUACAUGAUGGAUAGCCUCAUCAUAGCAGAUAAGAGUAAUCAAAUAAUACAUAUACAAUUGGAGUUCCAGAUUAUUACCAUAAACCUUUGGAAUUGUAGAGUCAGGACUGCUAAUUAAAUCCUCAACCUUAGGAGAGAUAAUCUAGUAUCAUACCCUACUUGUUUGGAAUCAUUUUAGCAUCAUUUAAUAACAUAUUUAUAGAUACGUUAUUUGAAAUAUCCUUUAUAAUGAUAGUUUUGAUGGUGGUGUUAAAAGAAGACAAAACAACUACACUUACAAAAGCGAUGAUCCUAUUGUCAUGGAUAAUGUUUGGAUUACAUUUAUGGUUGCAUCAAUCGUAGAUUCUAAUCAACAUAACAAGUAUAUAAAUAGGGUGGUUGGGAUUAUGUAUGUUAUAAUUAUAUAAAAUUUAUUUAAUUUUUUUAUGAUAAAAUAAAUAAUAACUACACCUUUGUUUUAUGUGAAUGCCUAACCGCACAUAGGUCAUCUCUAUACAAUGAUUUAUGCAGAUGCUAUCGCUAAGUAUAAAUCACUAAAAUUGCUGACAGGAACUGAUGAGCAUGGAUUAAAGGUCUACAGAAGUGCCAAGAAUCAACCACUCCAACAAUAUUGUGAUUCAGUUUCCAAUCAAUUCAAACAAUUGGCUAAUUCAUUUAUUAAAUACGAUCAAUUCGUUAGGACCACUGAUCCUCAACAUAUCAUAAAAGUUUAGAAGAAUUGGAAUCUGCUAUUAAAUAAUGGUUUCAUUGUAAAGGACACUUAUAAAGGAUAUUAUUGCUAAGUUGAAGAAUCUUUUGUUAGUCAUAAAACUGAUCAAUAUUUGGAAGAAGAGAAUUAUUUUUUCAAAGUUGACAAACAUUAUCUUGAGACAUGCAUUGCUAAAGCACCAUCCAGAUAUCAAAAUGAACUAAAGCAAUUGAUUAUUAAUCAUAUUUGUAUCAGCAGACCUAAACAGAGAUAUUAUUGGGGAAUUGAAGUUCCAAAUGAUACUAAUUAAUUGAUUUAUGUAUGGUUGGAUGCCUUGUUAGGCUAUUUAUAAGAAGAGUAACAUCACUAUAUGCAUGUGAUAGGCAAAGAUAUAGUCAGAUUUCAUGCCUUAUAUUGGCCUAGCUUCUUAAAAGGAAUCAAUAACCAAUCUACAACUGAAUUGAUUGUGCAUAACCAUUGGAUAAGAAAUAAUGUAAAUUUACCAUAAUAAUUCAGAUGAAAAUGUCUAAGUCACUUGGAAAUGUCAUUGAUCCAUUCUAAUUAUUACAAACAUACAACUAAAAUCAAAUUAGAUUAUACUUCCUUACUUAAGGGCCUCAAAAUAUGGAUGUCUCAUUUGAAGAACAAAAACUUGAGAAAUGUUGGAACACCUACAUUGACCAAUUUAAUAAUAUCUUGUUUAGAUUAUUCAGACCUAAGAUAAUAUCACCAAAUCUACUACUAUUAUAAUAACAUUUAUUGGAUGAUCAAUUAUUAUAAUCUAAAUAAACAUUUCUGGAAUUACACAAAAAUACUAAGGCAUUAUUAGAUAAAAAUUUAUUCAUUGAAGGUUAUUUAGAACUCUAAAAGAUUUUUGUACUGAUUAAUACUUUAAUUGAUAAAUAUUAACCAUGGAAAAUGUAAGUUCAAUUUCAAAAGGAGUAAUUUCUAAGUUUUAUUUGCAUUCUGAUAUCAAUGACUUAAUAAAUUUUAGAUAUCUAUGUGCAAACUCCUAAUAUCAUAAGUCCUUAGUUCAAAGAAUUCCCUUAAAAUAAUAAUGUUUAAGUAACAGUGGAUUUAGAGUAGGAUUUAAGAUUAAAAAGAUUCAUCAUUAAUUGA